AUGAUUGAUUUCAUCGCAGUGAAGACUGGUGGACUAACAUCAGUCACCAAUGCAAGAUCAUAUGGAGGAUUCCGCACCAGAUCGGAUCAUCAUCCGGUAAUUGCCGACUUUCGUCUCUCAUUUGGACCAGCGAAGCCUGCGCCAAAGUCUAAGGAGCGAUGCUUCUCCAAAUACAACCAACCUACAGAGAUAACCAGGAAACUCUAUCAGUCAGCACUACUUGAAAAUCUUCCGGAGAUCCAGCUCUCCCAAGUAUCGCCUCAGGUUAUUGAUAACCUGUGGGAUGGCUUUGUGACGGUUGUGCAUGGUGCAGCUCUAGGUGCAUUUGGGAGGGCAAAGGUUCGACACAAGUCGGUCCGCAGCAUGAAUACUGAAGUGUCUACGCUGUCGCAACGGCAGAAAGAGCUUCACAUCCAGAAGGAUGCGGAACGUGAUCCUGAAAGACGGCAACAGCUAGCAAGAGAACGCAAUCAAGUACUGCAUAAAAUACGAUCAAUAUUACGAAAGGAGGGUGACCAAUUUUGGCAGGAGAAAGCAACAGAAGCAGAUGCAUUACGGCCCGACGCACGGUCAUACUACAAUGCAAUUCGUAACAUCCGCCAACUUCGUUCCUCAGUCAGCCAGCCACCUGUCAGACUUGCAAACAAAGAUGGUGAAAUCAUGGCGGACGUCCAGUGGAAUCUCGAUGAAUUCCGCAAGUAUUACUUGUCCGUAUUCCAUCGCGAUGACGUCCCUGCUGCAGUCGACCACCCAGCAGAUGGAGAGGUAACACCUGAUGAGGAGCCAUUUACUCAGGAAGAAGUUCGAGCAGCAAUCUCACGGCAAAAACCGGGUGGUGCUGCUGGACAGGAUGGAGUUUCCGCUGUUUUGCUGCAGGCCGGUAAAGAUACAAUCACCACUUGGUUAACAACAUUCUUCAACGCUGUUCAACUGGCAAAAAGGUGCAAUGCAGAGGAUCAGAGAAGCCUGCCCAGAACAAGUCAAUCUACCUACUAA